CAUCUUUCUAGAACCGACUCUCCUGCACAUGAGUGAACGAAGUGAAAGUAUAGCUGUACGGUUUAAAGCUUAUUUACUGAAUGUUUGGAUUUCUGCUUGAAUUUAUACAUAAAGUUCAAUAAGCGCUUAUAAACCAGAACAUCAGUCAUGGAGCUUAGUGAACAGAUUACAGGUCUAGAGAGCGAUCUGAAAGAAUUGACGCAUCUGCUGGAGCAGUGCGAAAGAAAGCGAGUACAAGACGUUCUUUCCCAGGAGCAGAAAAAGAUCGAAAAAGAGCUUGCUCUGAAACAGCAACAGAAAGAACAGCGAGAGAAAGGAGACGCCGGAGACCAGGUGGACACGACGCUCAAGGGCUACACGGUCAAAAUUAACAACUACGGUUGGGACCAGUCUGACAAAUUCGUGAAGGUGUAUAUCACACUAAAGGGAGUGCAUAAAAUCCCAGCUGAAAAUGUGCAAGUCAGCUUUACAGACAGGUCUUUCAAUGUGCUCGUUAAAGAUCUGGACACAAAGAAUCACCAAAUGAUGAUGAACAACCUUCUGUUCCCAAUUAUAGUUGAAGAGAGCUGUAAAAAGGUGAAAACUGACAUGCUGCUCGUUAUGUGCAAGAAGACGACGACAAAGAAAUGGGAGUUCCUCACCCAGGUGGAGAAGCAGGCGAAGGAUAAAGAGAAACCCAGCUAUGAUGACAACGCAGAUCCCGGAGACGGUCUGAUGAACAUACUGAAGAAGAUGUACUCGGAUGGCGACGAUGAAAUGAAGCGCACCCUCAACAAAGCCUGGACGGAGUCUCAGGAGAAAAAAGGCAAAGGAGAUGAUUUUAACUUUUGAGUCGUUGUCCUCCUUCGAUUCGAUCGAACUACAUUUCCUCUACUAUGCACCAUUCCUGUUUAUUGAAUUAAUUGAAUUUUAUUUGUAAUGUUUUGUUUGCAUCCAGUCUAGUAUCAGUGAAGAAUCUUAAACACUGUUCACGUGCUGCAUACCUGACCUGGAAUUUCUUUUUAAUUUAGAAGCAAAUAAAAAUGCAGCAAUCUGA